UCCAGUGAGGGAUAGGGGAGAUAAAACAAUGGCCUUUUUCACCAGUGCAGCUUUCACCACAACCUGCCUGUCCCCGCACGGCAGGCCAUGAUAGCGCCAGUCCAGAGCACAGCACUUGUCGAUGAACAGCGGCCCAGAGGGGACAAGAGGAGACCGGUGGCAAACAAAGCAGGAACACCCAGCACCUUGGAUCUCUGCUCAUUCGAUCACUGGGACACGACUAGUUCCUCGGAGCUUGUGGUUCAGGUUCACCGUUGGUCAAGUGCUCCAGUAAAUCCAGAGAAGGAAGAUUUCAUCCUGGGACUCAAAAGAACUCCAAAGAGAAGAGAGGACUCUAGGAGACGGGGAAAGCAGACCAGGAGCAGAAAUGGUGGGCCACCAGCAAUGCACCUUGGAACAGGAUACCAGGGACCAUGGCACUUCCAGAUCCUGGCGCAAGUUGACAGGCCUGUCAGAGUUUAUGCCGAUGGAAUAUUUGACCUCUUCCACUCAGGUCAUGCAAGGGCACUUAUGCAAGCAAAAACACUGUUUCCCAACAGCUACUUGUUGGUUGGAGUUUGCAGUGAUGACCUCACCCACAAAUUCAAAGGUUUCACUGUGAUGAACGAAGCAGAGAGAUAUGAAGCCCUCAGACACUGUCGCUAUGUGGACGAAGUCAUUAGAGAUGCUCCAUGGACCCUCACUCCAGAGUUUCUGGAAAAACACAAGAUUGACUUUGUGGCCCAUGAUGACAUUCCCUACUCUUCUGCCGGCUCUGACGAUGUUUACAAGCAUAUCAAAGAAGCCGGAAUGUUUGUUCCAACACAGAGAACGGAAGGCAUCUCAACAUCAGACAUUAUCACCAGAAUUGUCCGCGACUAUGAUGUUUAUGCCCGACGCAACCUCCAGAGAGGGUACACAGCCAAGGAACUAAAUGUCAGCUUUAUAAAUGAGAAGAAGUACCGCUUCCAAAACCAGGUAGACAAGAUGAAGGAAAAGGUCAAGAACGUGGAGGAAAGAUCAAAAGAAUUUGUCAACAGAGUAGAAGAAAAAAGUCAUGAUCUAAUUCAAAAGUGGGAAGAGAAGUCAAGGGAAUUCAUUGGCAACUUCCUGGAGCUGUUUGGGCCUGACGGUGCAUGGAAGCAGAUGUUCCAGGAGAGGAGUAGCCGGAUGCUGCAGGCCUUGUCCCCGAAGCAGAGCCCAGUGAAGAAGGAAGGCUUCCUCUCACAGACACCCAAGGUUAGUGAAUACCCGUGCGGGGUGUGGGUUCCCUGCCCUCCCCAGCUCCCCCGGCUCACCACUUCUCCGUCAGCUGCCACACCCUCUCCCCAGGGCCCUGAAAUCAAACACUCACCCUUCCACCAGCUCAAAACACAGGAGAGCUCUAAUAUCUUAGCCACACCGAACGGCCCGCUUCUGGCAAGCCCGCCCCCAUGUGCCAGGACCUUAGAAAAGCAAAGGAGACCAACCUCAAGGCGAGCGACCCUGAGACCUAAGACUGCCUUCCGACCUGCUCUGCGGGCUUGGGAUCUUGGUCUUUGCCUCGGGCUGUAGUCACUGUGAGUCCAUCCCUGGAGGGAGGGACGGGAAGAGCGAGCGUGCGCCUGUGUUCUCUUCAGCUUCAGGACUUCCUUUAGCACCCAGGUGUACCCCAGGGAGACGAGCGAGUUGGCGGCUCAGACUCAGCUGAAUCAGAUGAGCCCGUUUGGAGCAGAGAUGUUCCUGUUCCUCAGGCAUCCAUUCAGCACCAGUCUUGGCCAUCAGACUUUUUAAAAACGAAUAAGUUCACGAGGCAUUUGCAACUUCUACUUCUCUCUAGAAUUGAGUUUUUUGUGUCACUGCGAUGUGCACCGGGACAAAGCCAUAAGAAGAGCACACACUCUUAAGACUCUGCUGUACAUACAAGACGGAGACUCAUCUGGGUUAAAGUACGACCUUACGCCCAAGCAUUUGCUCUGGUGCUGAAUAACGCGAACUACUGGAAUCAGCCCUCCACCCCUACCCCCUCGUCCCUCCCCGACCCACCCCCGCUCCCCAGUGGAACACAGCGUUCCCAACCUGUUUAUAAAUAAAGGGACACGUAAUUGCA